AUGAAAGUCACAUUAGCUCUGUGCUGUUCGCUGUUAGCAAUCCUGUCCAGCGCUAGCUUGGUACACGGGCGAUUCUGGAACACCGGCAAUAAUAAUUUGGGCAACGGCAACAGCAAUUCGCCAAGGAUCUGUGUCCUCGAAAAUUGCAAUUACUUUGCCACUAGCGAAGUCUGCGCCCGCUAUGGACGCUCGAAUCUCUGCAAACGAUUCGCCAACAGUUGCAUGGUGCGCUACGAUACCUGUGUUAGUUCCGUGACCUACACACAAGUCCCCAUAUCCUUGUGCUCGAACAUUCCAGUGGGCACACGGCGACAGUGCAGCUCCACAGGCGCCGCCGGCGCCGCAGGUGCCACUUCCAAUGCGCAGGCCAUCAUCAUAGGCAGACGUGGCCGUUAA